AUGGCGAUUACAUCUUCUAGAACAAGAUCAAGCGGGCCUGCGCUUCGCUCGGUGUCGCCGGGCGGCCGUUUCUGCGGUGUGUAUUCCAACGGCGUGUCGUCUCCGUCGUCGUCCGGUUUCGCUUCCUCCACAAGCUCGAGUUUCUCGUCGCCGUCGACAGCCUUUUUCAGCAACCAACAUCAGCCGCAACACAGAUCUGCAUCUCCGACGCGCGUGAAUCUGUUUAAAUCCGCGCCGAUGAUGACGCAGUCGUUCCGGUAUUCGAUCGAUAACAGAUCUAUAUCGCCGAAUCGAUCCAUCGCCGUUUCUUCGAAGGCGAGCAGCCAUAAGAUUCCGGAUUCGAGGAGGAGAUGUAUGUGCUCGCCGACGACGCAUCCGGGAUCAUUUCGAUGUAGUCUCCACAAAAACGUCGCGAAUCCACACGGCCAAGGCGCGGUGACGUAUCCGACCAACAGUUUGAACAUGCGUCGAUCUGCUAUGACGAAUUCUCUGGUGAGAAUCGGUGGCGUGGAAGGUGAAUGGGUGAGAAGAGCGUUGACGACUUUGAUUAGGCCGUCGUCGCACCAGCUCAAGCGGCGAUCUGCGUAUCAGCCUCGUCCUAGUAGUGCACCGUUCAGUUCGCCGUUAACCGUCGUCGUGUACCCCCGUUAUGUGUGCUCCGUUAUUUUUCCGGGUAUGCGUUGUUCGUCGUGUGAGGUUUCGUACUAUGGUGGAGAAGAACAUUAA